AUGGGUUACUACGACGACGAAGGGCGCUACCACUCUAUCCGUCGCGGCCUUGAGCAUGCCGCUGACCGUGUAUUUCACCCUUUCCAUCCACAGCACGAGCGUGAGGAGGUGAUUAUCGAGAAGGAGGAUCGAGAGCGAGGCCCUACCCGUGUCCGUGAUGGAGUCCAUGAGACUGUUCGUUAUGUUGAGCGUCGUGGCGGGGUGGCUGACACCAUUACCAUCCCCUGCCAUCACAUCCGCAUUGGCGAUCUGUUGAUCCUCCAAGGUCGUCCCUGUCAGGUCAUCCGGAUUACCACCUCUGCUCAGACCGGUCAGCACCGCUACCUAGGAGUUGACCUCUUCACCAAGCAACUCCACGAAGAAUCAAGCUUCGUCUCCAAUCCUUCCCCCUCGGUCAUCGUCCAGAAUAUGCUUGGCCCCGUUUUCAAGCAGUACCGCGUCCUUGACAUUCGCGAUGACGGCCGCGUUGUUGCCAUGACCGAGACUGGCGAUGUGAAGCAAGGUCUUCCAGUCAUUGAUCAGGGUGGAUUGUGGUCGAGACUCAACGACUCGUUCGCCAACGGUCGUGGCAGUGUUCGUGUAUUAGUCAUCAAUGAUGGAGGUCGUGAGCUCGCUGUGGACUACAAGGUGAUCCAUGGCUCGAGACUGUGA